GCCCCAGGGCACGCUCGCUCGAGCACGAGCACUGCACCCUCUCAUCUGCCGGUGCUAGCUCCUCCUAGCUUUCUCCCCCACUUCAGCCGGUAGCCUCUUCUUGAGAGAAGCUAGCAGGAAGAGGGAUCGAGCAAGAUGAUGAGCGGCAAGGCUCUCCUUGUCGCCGUGCUCUUGGUGGGCGUCGCCUCCCGGUGCUCCGGCAGCAGGGGCCUGCAGGGGGAUCACAUCGCUGAGCAGAAGUACGGUGGCGGUGGCUACGGUGGCGGCGGCGGCGGAUACGGAGGCGGAGGUGGUGGCGGCGGGUACGGAGGCGGAGGUGGUGGCGGUGGGUACGGAGGCGGCGGCGGCGGCGGCUACACGCCCGGCUACUCCGGCACCGGAACCUGCGACUACUGGAAGAGCCACCCGGACGCGAUCAUCUCGUGCAUCGGGUCGCUGGGCAGCAUCCUGGGGUCCUUUGGCGACGUGUGCAGCGCCUUCUUCGGGAGCAAGCUGCAGACGCUGCAGGACGCUCUGUGCAACACCCGCACCGACUGCUACGGCGACCUCCUCCGCGAGGGCGCCGCCGCCUACCUCAACUCCGUCGCCGCCCAGAAGUACGCCUACACCACGCAGCAGGUCAAGGACUGCAUCGCCGUCGCGCUCACCUCCGAGGCCGCCGCCGCCGCGCAGGCCGCCAUGUUCAAGAAGGCCAACUACGCCUGCCACUACUGAUCCAUCGAUGACGACGAAGCUGCUUCUUCCAUCAUUUCGUCGGCGUAGACGCGUAGUAUCUAGUGCUUGUGUUAAAUAAAUAAGACGUGUGUACGUGACUGUGUGUGUGUGUGUCCGAUCCCCAGCGUCGCCUUCGUCCGUUUCAGCGCGUCGUCGUCUUCCCAUGAAUACAUGAUGAUGCAUGACGCCAUGCCGUCUCGUUGUCAGCUUCUUCAGUAGUGAUGAUACCUGCUUUUCCUUGUCGUUGUUGCUGAUGUGAUGAGAAAUUAGAAGAGUUUGGUUGGUGGUGAAAA